AUCGCGCAUUCGCCGAGAGAGAGACGGGGAGGAAGAAAGGAAUCCGUUCAAAGAACCGGAUUUUGCAGGCAAGCACAAGCGUCCGCGUCCUGCAUUUGAGAGGCUCUCACCGUCGCUGCCCAAGCGAAGAGAGCGCGAAAGAAACGUCGUCUUCGUCGACCUCUUGGUUCGAGCUCGACGAGACGCGAGAUCAAACGAGGUGUAUGUACACCCCACGUCGAGGGUCGCUGUCAUUCUCCGUGGUUCGUACGGACGCUCCAGGCAUUGUCUGGCGCCGCGUUCGCGUCUUGGCCCAUCGCGAAGUCUUUGCGGUUUCUGUCCAGGCGCGAGAGUCUCUUUCAAGCGUGUGGACGGUCUCCUCGUCUCGCCCUCGUCUCCUCAUCUUCUCGUCUCUGUCUUCUCUCAGACUCCUCUCUGGUCUCUCGUUGUCCCCUCGUUAUCUCCGCUGAUUCUCCCUUUUCUCUUCGUUUGGCUCUCUGUUCUUCUGUCUGCGUUCCCCCGUGUGUUUCUGCUUUCUCUCCACCUUUGUGUUCUUGCCUUGACCAAAACAAGCUUCCCGGCUCUCUCGCGUCGCUGCUUUUUCCCUCGUCUCUCUUCUUCUUUCUCUUCUCCGUUCUCCCUCACUGGUUUGCGAAAGACGCAGCCCCCUUUCCGCCGGCCGCACUCGCGAACGAGUCUCUUUCUGCUGAAGAGAGACGAAUGAGAAUAGGUUUGUUUUUGUGAGACAGCCUUCAGCUCGCAGCGGAGCAGCUUGUGCCUGCUCCGCCUGGUCCUUCUUCUUCCGUUUUUUCUUCUCCCUCGUCUGCCCUUUCUCCUCGACCCACGAACCCACUGUCUCCCCCCUCCCUCAACUCUGUCUCUGUUCUCGCUUCUGCUUCUCGUUUGUCUUCUCCUUUGUCCGGCUGUGGCGUUGCACCAUGCAGAUUCCGCGCGACGUCAUUUUCGAGGUCGUGCGAGGCUUCCGCGGACGUUCGCGCAACUGCAUCAAGAUUGCGCGCGUCCGUGCGAUGAAGGCCUUGCUCUACUCGUACAUAAUGCGGAGACAGCGGCAGCGUCGGUACCGCGUCUUCUGGAUCGGGAGAAUCAACGCAGCUGGCAGAGAGUGGAGUUUUCCCUACGCGUGGCUGGCAACCAGUCUGUGGAGACAGAACAUCUGGCUGGACAGGAAGAUGCUCGCGAACCUCGCGGAGACAGAACCUGCGUCCUUCAGGGCUCUCGUCAACGAAGGCAAGAGCGUCUACUUCUGGAACCCAGACAAAGUCCGAGACAUCCAGGACCUCUAAAGGAAAAGAGCGAACGGGAGAGAAAGAGAAGAAAGUAGAGGAGGAAACACGAGAGAAAGAGAAGAAAGUAGAGGAGGAAACGCGAGAGAGAAGAAAGUAGAGGGUGUGCCUGGAGGAGAGAAGAGAAGGGAGAACAGGAGCGAGACCAAAAAGACAGGACGCAUGUGCGCAUCGGAGACGAUUUGUGUUUCUCCACUUAUUUCUUCACUUCUCUGAAAGUCUUUUUGAGAG